UGCACUUCAUUCAGUUGCCCAAUCUUUCACUUCCUUCUUCUCCCGAAACACCCGAAAAGCCAUUUUCAUCUUCGAAAAAGCAAAACCUAGACUUUUCCUUUAUUUACAGUUACACCCUUGUCGCUGAAGCUCGUCUCAUUCACUGGCGGGGAAAAUUAGGGUUCCAUUUUCAUCUUACUCCACUUGAAAACGGCGUUCUCGAUCUACCAUGGAUUCGCCAUCGUCGUCUCUACACCUUGCCAUGGCAGCUCUCGUUGGAGCUUCAUUGAUGGCAAUCUCUGCCUUUUAUAUUCACAAGCGUACCGUCGAUCAAAUUCUCGAUCGUCUGAUCGAACUUCGCCUUAGUUCCCCUAAAAGUUCGAGAAAUCAAUCUGUUGUUACUGACGAAGAGGAUUCUGACGAGGAGGAGGAGGGGAGUAGACAUUAUGACGAUGCGAACGGAGCAGGUGGAGAGAUAGCUGUGGGGAGGAAAAUCCGGGCCCGGAGUUCAUCCAGGUCGUUGGAGGAUAAGAAUGUUCUUCGCAGUUAUAAGAUAUCACGCUCGAUGCCUAAUGUGGUGUUGAAUAACGAUUGGUUCGACGAAGAUGUGAAGUUUGAUCAGAGUCAGGGAGAUAGGCUUAAUUUCGUUCCCUCGGGACUCCCGCCUCUGCGACUAUCUCAAAGAGAUGGACAGAAUAACUCUGUUAACUACUGUAGUUCUAUUACAAGAAUGGCUUCUCUUGGCAGGCUAAAUACUCCAAGGUCUCCAGGUGGCAAUGCCUUUGACAGUAUGGGUGAUUCUGACGAAGAAGAAACAGAGUUUGGCACAGAGGAUGACGUUUUCUUCAGUAAUGUGAAUAUGGAUCCUUCUGCUGAUUACGUAAACAAAGGAACAGUUUUCUGGUCCUAUCAGCAGAACUUUUCUCUGGGACGAGCAGUGAUAAAGGAUGCUGAUUCAAAGGCUCAAGACUCUGUUGUUCUUCCAAUUGGAGGUGACAGUGCAAACAGCAUCCAACAUCAGAAUAUUGGAGAUGCUAGAGGUGAUCUGACAAUUGGCACUGAUCCAAUAGGCAGAAAGGUAGAUACAGCUUCAAUGCAUCAAGUGGGGAAUAAUCUUGCUCUUGCCACCACAAUUUUACCUCCAAGAACUCUAAUGCACGAGUCAGUAAAUGUAGAAGAGGAAGAAGUACGUAAGAUGAUCCGUGAAAGCUUGGAUUUGCGGAAUAGGUACAUUUACAGGGAAGAGGUUGCACCGUGGAAGAAGCUACCUGUCGCUGAACCUGGUACACCAGCGCGGAAAUCUAAUCCAUUUCACUUUGAACCUGUCCCGGCAACUGCACAUCACUUCAAGAUGGAAGAUGGAGUUGUACAUGUGUAUGCAAGUGAAAACGAUACUGUAGAACUUUUCCCUGUUGCUAGUGCGACAACCUUCUUUACUGAUAUGCAUCACCUUUUAAAAAUCAUAUCUAUUGGAAAUGUUCGCACUGCUUGCCAUCACAGAUUACGAUUUCUUGAGGAGAAGUUUCGCCUUCAUCUGUUAGUGAAUGCAGACAGGGAGUUCCUGGCUCAGAAGAGUGCACCACAUCGCGAUUUCUACAAUAUCAGAAAAGUUGAUACACAUGUGCAUCAUUCUGCUUGCAUGAACCAGAAGCAUCUGCUGCGCUUCAUCAAGUCAAAGCUAAGGAAGGAACCUGAUGAGGUUGUUAUAUUCAGAGAUGGAAAAUACAUGACUCUAAAGGAAGUUUUUGAGAGUUUGGACUUGACUGGGUAUGAUUUGAAUGUUGAUUUGCUGGAUGUUCAUGCUGAUAAGAGUACCUUUCAUAGAUUCGAUAAAUUCAAUCUUAAGUACAAUCCUUGUGGACAAAGUAGACUCCGGGAGAUUUUUUUAAAGCAGGAUAAUCUUAUCCAAGGACGCUUCUUGGCAGAAGUAACAAAAGAAGUUCUAUCAGAUCUUGAAGCAAGCAAAUACCAGAUGGCUGAGUACAGGGUUUCCAUAUAUGGAAGGAAACAAAGUGAAUGGGACCAGCUGGCGAGUUGGUUCAUUAACAACUCAAUUUAUAGUGAGAAUGCUGUUUGGUUAAUCCAGCUUCCACGGCUAUACAAUGUGUAUAAGCAAAUGGGAACAGUUAAAUCUUUUCAGAAUAUUCUUGAUAAUGUUUUCAUUCCACUGUUUGAAGUCACAAUCAACCCAAGCUCUCAUCCCCAACUACAUGUGUUCCUAAUGCAGGUUGUGGGAUUAGAUAUUGUUGAUGAUGAAAGUAGACCAGAAAGGCGUCCAACUAAGCACAUGCCAAAACCAGCUGAAUGGACCAACGAGUUCAAUCCAGCUUACUCUUAUUAUGCUUAUUACUGCUAUGCAAACUUUUAUACUCUUAAUAAGCUUCGUGAAUCUAAAGGAUUGCCGACCAUAAAAUUCCGGCCGCAUUGUGGAGAGGCUGGUGAUAUUGACCAUUUGGCUGCCGCAUUUCUUCUAUGCCAUAACAUAUCUCAUGGGAUCAACUUGCGAAAGUCUCCUGUUUUGCAAUAUCUGUAUUACCUUGCUCAGAUUGGAUUGGCCAUGUCACCUUUGAGCAACAAUUCGCUUUUCCUGGAUUAUCAUCGAAAUCCAUUUCCUGUCUUCUUCCAGCGUGGCCUGAAUGUUUCACUCUCCUCUGAUGAUCCUUUGCAAAUUCAUUUAACAAGGGAAGCGCUGGUGGAGGAGUAUAGCAUUGCAGCAAAGGUUUGGAAGCUCAGUUCAUGUGACUUGUGUGAGAUAGCAAGAAAUUCUGUUUAUCAAUCUGGAUUCUCACAUCUGGCAAAGUUGCAUUGGCUUGGUAGCAAAUAUUUUUUGAGAGGUCCAGAAGGAAACGAUAUUCACAAGACAAAUGUACCCCAUAUGAGGAUCGCCUUUCGACACGAGACGUGGAAGGAGGAAAUGCAAUAUGUAUACUCUGGAACAGCUAGUUUUCCAGAAGAAAUAGAAUUUUAAAUGUAAUGAAAUUGCAGAAUGAAGCAACUACAAAUUAGACUCUGGUGAUCAGCUUGAAAUAUUCUCAGCACUGCGGAAUGUUUACCUCACCGGAUUUAUUUGUAGAUGCAGUAUGCAGGAAACCAGUAAUGGGAAGGAAAUUCGUAACAGAUUUUAAAGGGAAGUUAUCAUUUUUGCAGAGGCAAUUAUAAAUAACUUCAGAACGAUCCAGCAUUGCCAAUUUUCUUGAAGAAGAGGCUUUCAUUUCUUUAGGUGCAGGGAAGUUUUGGUUUUGAACUGCAGAAAUGUUUGUAAAAAUGAGAGGCUUCUUUAUGGAAGGCUGUUAAAUGUAAUUGAAUCCACUUCAUAUAAUAAUAUUAUCAUAAUAAAGGUUCCAUGUACUAUGAUGCAGUAA